ACGAGUCGGGUUACUGCUUGCAGUGUGGGGGGGAGGGGGGAAGGGUCCGUGCCCGGCCGCCUACUAUGAGAGGAGGCGAUCGGGAGGAGGCGGCUGCGGUGGCUCAUGCCGCCGCCCCCGCGCAGUAGCCUGGCUGUCGGGCGCUGGGCCGUCGUGACAGGCACCAGGGCCUCCCCCGCCCCCUGCGCUGUUUGUGUGCGUGAGUCUUCGCACGCGCCAGACGGUUGCUCGGCCGGUUGUUCUGGGGCCCGACCUCGCUCGCGCUCUCUUUCGCCCGCCCUUCCUUAGCUCACCAUGCGGCUGUGCGGGGCGCUCCUGAAGAGCCCCAUCCCCAAGCAGCUCGAGUAUUAUUCCCGCUUUUCCCCGUCGCCGCUCUCGAUCAAGCAGUUCCUGGACUUCGGACGUGAUAAUGCCUGUGAGAAAACAUCAUAUAUGUUUCUGCGAAAAGAACUUCCUGUGCGGCUUGCUAAUACCAUGAGGGAAGUAAAUUUAUUGCCUGACAACUUGCUGAAUAGACCCUCGGUUAAACUAGUCCAGAGCUGGUAUAUGCAGAGCUUUCUUGAGCUUUUAGAAUAUGAAAAUAAAAGUCCUGAAGAUCCACACAUUCUAGAUAAUUUCUUAGAUGUCUUAAUUAAAGUCAGGAAUAGACACAACGAUGUUGUUCCUACUAUGGCCCAAGGAGUGAUUGAAUACAAGGAAAAAUAUGGUUUUGACCCUUUUGUGAGCAGUAAUAUCCAAUAUUUUCUAGAUAGGUUCUACACCAACCGCAUCUCAUUCCGCAUGCUUAUUAACCAGCACACACUGCUUUUUGGUGGGGUUACUAAUCCUGCUCAUCCCAAACAUAUUGGGAGUAUUGAUCCUACUUGUAAUGUGGCUGAUGUUGUAGAAGAUGCUUUUGCAACUGCUAAAAUGUUGUGUGAGCAGUAUUACCAGGUAGCACCAGAACUGGAAAUUGAAGAAUUCAAUGCUAAAGCACCAGGCAAGCCUAUUCAAGUAGUCUAUGUACCAUCACAUCUGUUCCAUAUGCUUUUUGAAUUGUUCAAGAACUCAAUGCGAGCUACAGUGGAAUUAUAUGAAGGCAAAAGUGAAGGCUAUCCACCAGUUAAAACAUUACUCACAUUAGGUAAAGAAGAUCUCUCAAUAAAGAUAAGCGAUAAAGGGGGUGGUGUGCCUCUGAGAAAAAUAGACCGCCUAUUUAACUACAUGUAUUCAACUGCCCCCAGGCCUAGUUUGGAGCCAUCAAGAGCUGUACCUUUGGCAGGAUAUGGGUAUGGUCUGCCAAUCUCUCGUCUUUAUGCAAGAUAUUUUCAAGGUGAUCUCAAACUGUACUCAAUGGAAGGUGUGGGGACUGAUGCUGUAAUUUAUUUGAAGGCUCUUUCCAGUGAAUCAUUUGAAAGACUGCCAGUUUUUAAUAAGUCAGCCUGGCGACAUUACAAGACCACACCAGAAGCUGAUGAUUGGAGCAACCCCAGCAGUGAACCCCGGGAUGCUUCCAAAUAUAAAGCUAAUCGAUAACUCGCCAACUUUUCUAUCACAAUGGUGACACCUGCAUUUGGAAAUGAGUCUCUGCUUUGUUCCAAAUUCCUCUAAUCUUAAGUAGCCAAUUAUUUCCAUAGAAAGACCUGUUAUGGGACUGAAAUAGCAAGAACAGAGGGGACUGUAAAAGACUGACAUUAAGCAUUUUUGGUGUGAGUUAUUUUAACUAGUUUGCCAAAACAUGCGUGGUGAGCUGGGUCACAAAUGACAAAAAGGGUUGCACUGUGACUGCACUUAGAUUAUACAGCUGUAUAGCAAAAGGGUGGGGUACUAUUUUUAAAGGUGAGUUUCUAAUCUUAGGUAAGAAUUGGCAAAAUUGUUCUUGACUCCUUAUUUGACAGUAGUGUCCUACACAGCAAUAUGAUGUAACAGAAAUUCUAGUGUAGUUUAAUGUGUGCUUAAGAAACUCACAAUCCUGCAUUUUUAUAUGGCACAAUGUCAUCGUUAUAUUUUUUAAAAAAUGAGUGGGGGUCUUCUGGUCUUACCACCAAUUUCAAUAUAUAUAUAUAUACAAACACACACACUAUGUUCUCCAUAUUGUGUAGUGCUUUAAAGUGAUUUUAGGCCAUUUCAGAAGCUCAUGUCUUCUCUGUAUAUAAAUCAUUCUUGCGAAGCAGUGAAACUUUCACUUGGCAGUAGACAUUCUGUGCAUUUAAAAAAAAAAAAUCCCUUAAAUUAUGGAUUUGAAAAAUUCUUUUCCUUCUAAACCAAGUUCAGUAAGGAAAAACAUCAAGCCAGUCAGAUUCAUAGACUUGAAAAAAAUUCCAGUUGAUAAAGAUGGAUGACAGUUCAAGUUGCAUCAUAUAGCCUUUGUUUUAGAGAAGUGCACCAAGAAAACAGCCAGCCGGUAAUAAGUAGUUUGGUUUUAAGAUGCUGACCAUAACAAACCAUUUACCAUUAAAAUAGAAUACUUUGCAAAAUGAUCAAAAAGGAAACUUGGUCUGAAGAUUUAGAGCCCCAGAACAUUGAGUUUAGUGAACCAUGAUUUAAAAAGACACAGCAGUCUAUAAAAUUUCAUAAGAGAAGGAAACUGUGAACUAAGUAGAAACAAAAGGUUCACGCUAAAAGUUGGAAAAACGUGAUUAAAUAACUAUGGAUUCACAGAAAGCAUGGCUUGGAAAGCAGCCAGGGAAAUUCUGAUAAAAUCUCUUCACAACAGUGAAGCUAGAGUUGGGAGAGGGGUCAGUGGAACACCAAGAUGCACCUCCAUAUCUUUGUGUUGUAUUUUUAUGUGUGAGGUUUUGACAAUAAGAGACUAUGAAAAGAAUUUCUGUUGGGUACAGUUCAGUCUGUUAGACAGAGAGAAAGUUAUAACUGCUUAGAUACUUCAAGAAGACAGUUCAGGCUUCCCUACCAUUCUUUAUUCAAAACUAGUAAAAUCCUUUAUUACUAGUCAGAGUACCCCAAUUUGAUUUACUCAGCUUUAUGUCACCAGACAUGUGCUUGAGUCCUGACCAUGUGUGUAAAUGUGUAUAGUGUUAGCACCUGUAUAUGUAUGUCUUUCUAAGCAGCAACUUCAGUUUUGCACUCUGAAAAUCAAAUUUGCAUGGAUGGAAUUUAUCUGCAUUUUCAGUGGCUUCAUUAUUUCAUUAAGUGGAAGUUUUAGGAUGGAGGUCAAAUUAUAAAAUGUAAUAAUAUAGAAAUGAGACCAACACUUAGAACUUCCUGUUUGCCUAGAAUGUAAAGGCUGCCACAUCCUGUCACAGCACCUGUCUGACUGUAAGAUGGAUAGGAUUUUGCAUCAAUAAAACAUUUAGCUGUUAACUUAGAAGUGAUAGGAUCUGAAAAUUUCAUGUUAUGUUCAUUAAAAUGUACAUUUAGAUAAAGUUUAACUUUGCUUAACUUGGUGAUGAAUGCAGUUAGACCAAAUUAUGUGUGUCCAGUUUAGCAGUCUCUUGUGCCUGUUUGAUGAUUACUGGGUUACACUGCAAUCCUAAGAACACUUUUCUAGGAGAAAGUCCAAUUUAGUAGACCUACUUAGGAUUGUUUGGUUAGUUUGUCAACUGCCGAUCACUUUACAGAAAGUGGUGUCUAAAUAGGAAAGUUUGUUCUUUUGAUCCUGUGCCUCAAUAUGAUUUAAGCUUAUGUUGCUACAUUCUGAUAUCAGUAAGAUGUAAUUCAUACCAUGCACCCUGACCCAACUUGGAUGUUUUUGACAGUUAAUCUCCACUUUUUUCCUGUAUAAACCCCCUGUACAGCUGUAAUUUUGUGUAGUAUGUUAAAUUUGAAAGAAUUAUGAUCAUAUUCCAUGUAGAACAACUUGGGAUCUAAACUACAUGCAACGUAGAGUUCUG